CGACGUCGUUUUUCGUGAAAACUCUCGAAUACGCGGAAGAGCAUGGCCAUGUGUCGGUAUUUAUCGCUUUCGAACGUUUGAAUGCCGGUUUUCGAGUGAGUGGACGGUUUUAUAAAUAGUUUUCGAGACUGAUGUUACCGAAUCGGUGCGAAAAUGUGGGAGAAAUUCGAAAAGAGGACACCGUCCAGAGUUCCUCUUACUCCUCAACAAUCAAUUUUUGAGUGAUGCACUCUACUCCAAGCACACCAACAAAAUUUGAUAAUAACAAUGAUAUCAAAAAGUCAAUCGAGAAAAUGAGCGAUUCCAGCAAGUCCAGCUACCAGGCAAUAAAAUCUACGGAAUCUCUACCGAAUCCGAAGAAAUCUAAGAAAAAAUGCGGAAUCCAUCUCAACAACCUUUGGUCAGUGUGGUACGGGUUGUUUUGUUCAGUUUUGCAAGGAUAUGCUGCUCGAAAGUGCCUGAGACGAAUAUUGGGUUAUUCCCUACUUUCGUGGCCAGGUGGUUUACCUUAUCUGGAGCUAAACUGCAGCUUGGGAUUAACCGGAGCCGCGAUUUUGCUGUUGCCCGUCUUUAUGUACGUGGCAAUCCUGAAGGUCGGUAAUUUGGCCAACGAUGGAUACAAGCUAGGGAGACAAAUGGGCACGUGCAGCAAGGAACCUCCCGAGAUAAUGAAAAGCGGCGCUGGGUGUGGAUUGUUCAGAUAUGGGGGCCCUACCGCCCCUUUCAUCCAUAUCGCCAUAUCAUUUUGUUUGCUCAUACCGAAGUUACUAAUGGAAGCCAGACUCAUUGAAGCGGGCUUUCUGAGUCAAGACUGGAUAUGGCACACGGACCUGGACUUCAUCAUAAUGCAUCGAGAUCGACUGGUCGUGUUGAGUUUCAUGACGGCGAAUGGCUCCAAUAUAUCUCCAACGUCGGUUAUGCAGAACAGAGUGACAGCUACAACAAUGGCUACGAUGAGAGCGAGUGCCAUGCCAUUUGUCAGCGGUCAGGAAGCAACCCACACUGUCAUGAAAACGCUCAAGGAUUUCAUCGGACAUGAGAAUCACACGAUGUUUGAAAACAAAGAUAUUGAAUCUGGAUUCGGCAGCCCAAUCAGUAUUGAAUACAUGAAUUUAGCAUUGGCACUCAUUAUCUACUCCGUUAGAUAUCCGGCUCUUUUUUGGUCUACAAACAAGUGCUUGGGGCUAAUAUUCUCUUUUCAAUUAUUGAUCAACGGGUUGCAUACUCUCUUGUCCUUCGCAGGAAUGUCAAUUCUUUAUAAGGUACACGUGGUAGGGGUGUGGAAAGCCUUACCUCUGCUCAAACACAAUUCGAGGGUCUACAACUUCGGCAGCCCGACUCCUUUUCUGCUCAACUCCGAAGUUACGUUCGCCAUGUACGUUCUGUCGACUUUAUUGGUCCUGGCCUCGAGCAUCGUGAUGUAUUUCUAUGGGCACACCAGGUUUAAUGCCUUCCUGAACCUUCAACGAGAGAGCAAAAUAAUCACCCUCAAGGAGGAAGGGAACAGUAACCUGUGGAGCUACUUCACCCAUUGUGCGGCCCUGUGUGUCCUUCUAUCCAUCGGCAUAUGCAACGCCCCACUCAUCCACGAUUAUACCGUCGUGUACAGGGGAAGUUUAGAUGACAUCACUUUAAUAUGCAUCAUCGGAGGCAUACUGCAUCUGUUCUUCUGGAUCGUUAUAUGGCUUUUCUUGACUAUCAAGCAGAAGUGGACGUUCAAGUUGAGAAUCACGAUCGGAAGAGCAACUGUCAGAGAAUCCCGCUCCCUAAGACUCGUCCACGACGUCCACCUCAAUUCCCAUCGUGAAGACGCCUCGCAGCAACCCCUUCUGGUGAUAGGAAAUGGUCGUACAUACAGCGUCACCGACAACUCUCCCAAAAGAGCCAUCAUGGGGGUCAUCCAGAAAGCGGCGUUGAUUAAAAAAUCUAAGAGCAACGGAUCCAUCACCACCAACGACGACUCUGACGAGCAGAUCUACUGGCUGAGACCGGCUUUGGUACCUUCCCAGAAUUCACCAGACGGUUCCAACUACUUCUGCUGGUUCAAAAAGAAACCGAAGCAUAAAGUAACGUUUGAUGAUAGCACCACCAUGUCGACUAAUCGGGUGAAGAGCAGCGUGAGGAGGAGCACCAUCCCCGGGUUGGACGAGGACGACGGCGAUUACGCCACUUUGAGAGAACUGCCCCUACCCCCGUCUGCGUCCCAAAGGCUCAGCAAUGGAGACGAUACGGCUAGCGAAGAAGGAAAGCUUCUGGCUUGUGUUCAUGAUGAACACAUAACUUAUGCUAGCACCAACCAGGAUUUCGAACCUCCAACUGCUUACGAAGAAAGAAGUCCUCUGCUCGAAGUAGAGCCUUCAGUUAUCGUACACAACUUCGAGAAUCAAGUCCAGACUGGAGCAGCGCCACGCUGCUUGCGUCGUGCAGAUUCUGGAAUAAUCCCUCACGAAGAAAGACCCGGUAGAUCAGACUCGGUGAGCACGGAGAGCUCUCAUUCACCCCCGGAAGGUCCUGGAAGCAACCACAGUGAGACCUCUAGCGGAAUCCACUCAAAUGAUAGCGAACACCACCAGUCCAGCUCGAAAGGAAACCUCACCAAGGAACCAGACUGGAAAUCGUCGCAGAGUGACAACUCUCAGAACUUGAUCAACCUGAAUGACCCUCCGGGAGAACCGCAGGCGGAGAGCACCGUGGUUAUAAGGAGAAAAUCUGUCAGGCCUAGCAAGGUGGAGGUGAUAGCCCCCGCUAUCCUGGAAGAGGACCCCUAUGGACGGGCCACCAACAUGCGCAUGACCUCCUUCACGGAUAAAACCGAGCUGAGCCAUAUGCAGUCGUGUUCUGCCACUUUGCCGCAUUACCCCACGCAGCCGAUGCAGAACGUCUACCCUAACUGUUCGACCAUGCCGCUGCCUCAGCACACUAGCUCCAGUGGGCCUUCUACGACGCUGAUGAAUGGAAACAGUUGUAACAUAUUCCCAAGGCAGCAUUCUACCAUACCGACGCACCACAAUGGAGUCAAGCUCAUCACGAACAACCACAACCCGUAUAUCAAAAGACUGCACUCCAAACCUGGAGAACCAAUAAAAUACGAACCAAUUUACACUGCGAUUAAUAGGAAAUCUGGGGAAUUAUAUCAUUACACGUCGUAAGUAGUUCAUGUUGUUUAAGGAGGAUGGCAGAGGAUGAAAGGGGAAUCGGUUUGGCGGAAAUUGGAUAUUAGGGAUUUUGAUAGGGAAAUAGCGAUGAGAGAGUUCGGUGAAUGAUUCAGAGGGUGUAGGUCAAAGGGUUGGAGAAUAUAUUACUGAGGGGGUCUUUAUUCUUUUGAAAGACUGACCAAUAUUGAAGACUCUUUCAAUACAGGCUCUAAAAGAAAAUUCAAUAAUUUUUGUUAGUAGAAAUGUUUAUUCUGAUUGCCUUCAUUCUCUGAGAAUCUACACACUAGUUUCUCUACGGUGACGAUGAAUGUUGGAUCCGUUAUCCUGAAUUCGGGUUUCAAUUUACUGAAGUUGGUCCUACAUACUUACUCCUUACCCUGUAAGGAGUAAACUUUGAGUAAGAACAUGAUCUCUAAAAUGGAGAAAGCUUAAUGGAGGCAAAGUUGUCUAUUAUGAAGACCCCUAUUAUCCUAGUGUUGAAAAAUCUGAGCUUAUUUUUAGAGAUUUACAGGAAAAACAAAAAUUCGAUUCUAAUUCUAAUUUUUCCAGGUUGAAUUGGGUCCUUUUCCAAAAUCUUUAUUCAUUUUGACGUUGCAAAUCCAGAAAGGACAUUUCAAUUCUGUUGAUGUCACUAAAUAUGUCAGAAAUUGAGAACCAACAUCUUGUUAUAUUCUUGAAAUGACUGGAAUGAAAGUAUCCACCCAUUCAUCCAUGAAAAAAAUCAUUUUAAUAACAGAAUAAGUAAUAAUAUGUGAUGAAAUCGGCCGCUACUUGAUGAAAAUCCAUAAAGUAUCCAAGAAGCACUUUAUUGUGAGAUUUUCACUAAACAAUUUAACAAAAACACAACAUGAAUUUCGCUAUACAAUACCUUUUUCAGGUUUUCCUAUACUAGUAUAGCCGCGCCUGAAGAAGCUAAUGUAUAGCAGAAGCUUUGCAGAAGCUAUGCAAUAGCUUCUUCAGGCGUAUAUAACAGACAACAACUUCUUCAGGCGUAUAUAACAUACAACAGCUCCUUCAAACAUGAAGCCUGAAGAAGCUAUACAACAUAUAUAGCAAGCUUUAUGUGUAUAGCAGAAGCUAUUUAAUAGCUUCUAUUGUAUAGCUAUAUAUUAGCUUAUUCAAGCGUAUCUAUACUAUUAUAAACAUGCCUGAAGAAUCUUGAAGAAGCUAUUGUAUAGCAGAGCCUACUGUAUAUCUGUAGCAAUACAAUAGCUUCUUCAGGCGUGUCUAUACAAGUUUAGACUGACGGAACCUGAAGAAGAUGAACAAGAGGUUAUAGACACGCCUGAAGAAGCUGUUGUAUAGUGAAACACGUGUAAAACCAUUCAUUGGAAAUGUCAAAAUGAAAUGUUUUUUGAAUGAGUUAUAAUGCAGAGACAGUGAAAACAUUUUUUGAUUUUGGCGCUAGCACCGCCAUAUGGUAUCUUCGUUCAUGACUGGGCGAGUUUUCUAUCGAUUCUAUUCGCAGGGUCUUCGUAGACCCUGCGAAUAUAGGUAUGACCUUAUUUCAAAUUACCAUAAAAUAUAGAUAUGACCCUGUUCUCAAAUUACCACCGUUUUCCAAGAAAUAGGUCUAUGAAAUCUAUGCAAGUAUAUCGAAGAUGUCGCAUAUCAACAGGAUCGCUGACUAUGUCAAACCAGCAUGUAUUCCUUCCCUAAUAAUGGCCAUAUAGAUAUGUAAUUUCCUUCUCAUGCUAGCUGCUCCUUUCGCUGUAGUAUAACGAUGAAUGGCUAUGAAUUUCAAAAUCAAACUCGUGAAUGGGAAAAUGUUUCAUUGGAAUAUUCAAUUAAAUUAUAUGUAGAGCUUCUCUAGUAUAUUCUAUAAAGCUCCAACAAAAUGUGUAUUAUCCAAGUUGAAUACAUCAUAAGGAAAUUCUUGAACUAUUCUUCUCGGAGGCAACUCAACUGGAUAUUUCUCUCCUGUCCUCAAUGGGACAGAAUUGGGUAUCAUUGAAGACAUGUGGAACAAAAUCUUCAAUAUCAAAUUAAGGCAGCUUAUCCUGAAAACCCAAAAGUUAUUAUGAAUAAAGGUAUGUCGAUUCCCCUGCCAAUCCGUCACCAUCAUUACCAAUUUCAUACAACAAGAACUCAUAUGUAACGCACUAGUCAAAAGUCAUUAUACUUUUUAUAAGUUUUUAGAUGAAUUCACAUAUAUUUUGUAAAUUAAGUUUAGAAAAAUAUCAGGAAAACUAGCACGGUGACACAUCAUCUUGAUAAAUUUCCUGAAGCUUCGCGUGGAAAGUUCUUGUGGUUGGUUAAUCACUACACAAAUUCAAUUCAGAGCGUAACAGGAUUAUAACAAAUCCGGAAAAUCCUGCUAUGUCUGAGUACAUAAUAGAUUGUAAAGCGUUUGUUUGGAAGACUUCAGGUUUCUUGCAUAUAUUAUGUUACCUCUGUAAUAACAGAACUUACCUUAUCCAACAUAACUGGUUUAAAAUAUAAUCCAUACGUAAGAGUCAGGUAAACAAAGUACUAAAAACAUUGAGCUGAAAUGGUUGAUAUUCAAGAAGAAGUUCGGAAAAUCAAGAUUUCAAAAUUUUCCUCGAAUAGACUAAUAUUCGAUUAUAAUUGGAAAGAAGCAAACGAGUAUGGUAAAACAGGUACAAUCUUAAUCUCAACUGAGAGCCUGAAAAAAAUUUCAACUGACCCCCUAAAAAAAAUAUCAAUAUAUUUUUCAAAUAUAUCUUCAAAUCACUAUUUUCGUCCAAUCCACUCCCGUGGGUUUUGUUUUGAUAUAUUCUUCCAAUAUUUCAGUUUCUAGUUGCUCAAUUCCUCAGAAAUAAUUAUCAAUUGGUUCUCUAGCUAUCAGUGCUUUUUUUCCAUACAUCUCAAAAGCUAUAAUUUUGUUUUUUUUGUCAAAGAGCACUUCUCUGAAAAUAUCCAUCCUUUAUGGCUGGAAUAUUGAAAACAACAUACUUAUAAUAUAUAAUUCGUAACUACUACAUGGAAUAACAAAAAAAAAUAUGUUGAUCAAAUGAAAUGGCAGAUAGUAUAACGUAUAAUAAGCUUUCUUCUACCCAGAUUUGUUCGGAAAGUUAAGAGCACUUAUCUAUUGAAACAUUGUUUUUAUGAUUACAGAAUAACUCAUUAUUAACUCAUUAAUAACUUAUGAAUAACUCAUUACUGGUAAGUGUCUGGUUUUGAUCUCAAAAAGCACUUUCCUCAAAAUAUCCAUCCUUUAUGGCUAGAAUAUUAAAAAUAACAUACUUGUAAUUACUAGAUGGACACUCGUAACUCGUAACUACUAGAUGUAAUGUCAGAAAAUAUUUUAUGUUAAUCAAAUAAAAUGGCAGAUACUUAUAAUGUAUAACAAGCUUCCUUGUACCCAGAUUUGUUCGGAAAGUUAACAUCAUUUAUUUCUUAAAACAUUGUUUUCACGAUUAUAGAAUAACUUAUUAUUAACUCAUUGAUAACUCAUGAAUAACUGAUUACUGGUUUCAAUCUCAAAGAGCGAAAUAUCCAUCUAUUAUGGCUAGAAUAUUAAAAAUAGAUGGAAUGUCAAAAAAGAUUUUCUGUUCAACAAAUAAAAUGGCAGAUAGUAUAAUGUUUACUGUAUCUGAGAAGAAAUCCUCAUCAGUGAAUUGGUAAACCAUUUCAAGUUUGUUUUGCAUCUCUUGGAUAAAAUUUCAUAAAAUAUAUACUUGAAUUGAUAAAUCAGGGUUUUAAUUAUUAGUUACAACUCAAAUAUAACGCUCAACGAUAUACAUGUACCACAAGCUUCUUUGUACCCAAAUUUGUUCGGAAAUUUAAGAGCAUUCAUCUGUUGAAACAGUGUUUUUACGAUUACAGAAUAAAUAAUAAAUAAAUUAAUAACUCAUAAAUAACUCAUCGCACAGGUAAGUGUCUGGUUUUAAUCUCAUCUUAAUUUUGUAAGUGGAAAUAACAGCACAUCAUUGAUAAUACGCGUCAGUUUUCAAUUUGGACCUGACUUUUUAUGAAGUAUUCUUAAAAUAUAAUCAAUUUGGAGAGGUUAUAUUUGUGUUAUAUUGUGUUACUGAAAAUGUAAUGAAAAGCAAGUGAUAUACAUCAUAAGAACUUUCAGUCGAUACAAAUAUUACAGACUGUAUUACUAGCAGAUUCACAGUAUUUAGUGAAUUUCACUGCCACUGAGUUGAAUAAAGUUAGGAAUCGAAUUCUCUGCAAUUUCUGCUGGUAUUACUUUUUGGCAUUUGAUGUGUCGCCACUUUUGACCACCCAAAACAAAAAUAUCCCACACCAUAUCAAAACUUUUGCAAUACCCCGUAGUCUUAGACUCUCAUCUUUCAUACCGCAAACAAAUAAAAUAAACAAUAAACCGUAGAAUAAUAUAAUAGCUUUUAUAUGAAAUUAUUAUUUGUACUGUAUAUUUAAUGAAUCAAUGUGAUGCUCACUCUCUAAAACUUAUUGGCUGGUACCUCAACCAAUGAUCAAAUAAUAGGUUAGUGAUAAAUGUAAGUUAGUUUUAGUUUUUAUAAAUGUACCUCUACCAUCCGCUAGUGAAACACAAUUUGCGAAAAUUGAAUGGACUGAAAUACCUAGAGAAAUAUUGCUCUAGACGAAUUUAGGGCACCCAAGUGGAACGUGGAACAUAUCAACUGUUCUUCAAUAUAAACUAUGUCCCACUGUCAACUCUGACCGUGGUCUACAGAUUUUUAUGCCCGACGUUUCUUCUAUGACUGCAGUAGAUAUUUUCGCUGUCAUGAAAACCUACAGACCACGGUCAACAAACCAGGAAAAUAUCUUCGAUAUUAUUAUUUCCAGUCGUUAAAGUACACUCCAGAAACAAUUCAUCCAGAAGCAUAUCGGUAUUUUAGCAAUACCAAACCACAACUGAAAAACAUUUGUGGGGAGAAUGAAAUUGAUGUGUUUCCAACUAAAACCGAUCCAAGUCACUUGAUGAUUGUGACACAUGUUAUUCAGUUAUCUCCUCAGUUAUUUUCUGUUCAUUUUGUAUUCAACUGCUUACAAUCCUCCCCUGGCAAAUAAAAAUAUGAGGUCAUUCCUGAGAACUGAUUCCUGAAACAUAACUGUGAUCUGCUCAGAACAGUUUUUCGACAAACGAACAAACCUCUAAAUUAAUCAGUAGAUAGCGCCAUGUAACUUUCAGAUAUAAAUUAAACUGACAAUAAUUUUGAAACCCUCGAUUGGAAGCCUUACAUCAGCACAAUUUUAAAAACUGCUCGAACACUUUUAUAUCGUUAGUAUCAUAAGAGUUCGCAAGUUGUGUUUUUGAUAUUGUAAAUAUAAUUUCCACAGUUGUAUGUUUUUAUAGGUUACGUCGACGUUUUACCUGGUAGAUACAGGGUGAACCAAUGGAGUUCCCGACACCCUAUAGCGUAAAUGUGAAAUUCUGCUUUUUCAAUUAUUUUUUUAAGCAAAAGGACGACUUGGUUCAUAACUGUAACUACGAUUGUUGAUUUUUUAUAUCUUGAGUUUUGUUGUUGAUUCUUGUAGAAAAAAUUAGUGAAGAUAUCUAGUCAUAUAUCAUUCUAUCUAAUAAACCAAACACAUAUUUAUUGUAAUUUAUAUGAAAUAUAUAGACCUACUUCCAAUCUCUAUCAGUAUGUGAAAAGUGAUACCUAUGGUGUUUAUAAUUUUAUGUUGCAUUACUAAUAAAUAUUAUUUAUUAAG